GGGCUAAUUGUAAUUUUGGGUGUGUAGUAUUUGAGGCGAAUUGUAGGCAAAACCCCCUCCUCUUGCUCCUCUUGCUCCGGCGUUAGGGUUUUCUUCCUCCUUCAAACUCCAUCGCCGAUUCUUCGCUCCAACCUUUCCCUUCAAAACAUGGCUACCACUACUGCUAGAUCUUUUCUCCAAGUCGCCGCGACGGAGGAGGUUGCGCCGCCUCUCAGAGUCGUCCAGAUUGAAGGACUGGUUAUACUGAAGAUAAUUAAGCAUUGCAAGGACCACUCGCCUUCUUUAGUCACUGGACAACUUCUUGGGUUGGAUGUUGGCAGUGUUCUUGAAGUUACCAACUGCUUCCCCUUUCCAAUGAGGGAGGAGGACGAGGAAAUUGAAGCUGAUGGUGCUAAUUACCAGCUUGAAAUGAUGAGGUGCCUGAGGGAGGUUAAUGUUGACAACAAUACCGUUGGAUGGUACCAGUCUACAUUGCUUGGCUCCUUUCAGACUGUGGAGCUUAUUGAAACCUUUAUGAAUUACCAGGAGAAUAUUAGACGCUGUGUUUGCAUAAUAUAUGAUCCAUCAAGGUCAGAUCAAGGUGUUCUAGCUCUGAAAGCCUUGAAGCUUUCUGACUCAUUCAUGGAACUCUAUCGCAGCAAUAAUUUUACUGGAGAGAAAUUGAGGGAGAAGAACUUAUCAUGGGUGGACAUCUUUGAGGAAAUACCGAUCAAAGUUUCAAAUUCUGCUCUUAUCAGUGCUUUUAUGACAGAGCUGGAACCUGAUACUCCAGUCACCCAGUGUGACUAUGAUCGUUUGCAAUUGUCAACCAGUUCAUUAAUGGAGAGGAAUAUGGAAUUUUUGAUUGAAUGCAUGGAUGACUUGUCCCUAGAACAACAAAAGUUCCAAUUCUACUAUCGGAGCUUGUCUCGUCAACAAGCACAGCAGCAAGCAUGGCUUCAAAAGAGAAGGGCGGAGAACAUGGCUCGUAAAGCUGCUGGAGAAGAACCUUUGCCGGAGGAAGAUCCUUCAAAUCCCGUCUUCAAGCCACUCCCUGAGCCAUCACGGUUGGAGAGCUUCCUCAUAACUAAUCAAAUUUCCAACUACUGCAACCAAAUCAAUGGGGUGUCAGGACAGAGCUUUAACAGACUCUAUUUGAUGAAGGCUUUGCAUGAGGAUUGAGAAGGCAAUUUUUGUUUCUCAUUCUGUUGGUUGAUGGAAUUUUAUGGCAACUUUGGUAGUAUACUAGAGGAUCAUGUUUUUAAGGCGACUUAUUUUUUGUUUAUUUUAUGAACCCCAUCCAAUUGUAUGCAGUAUAAUUUCUUUAGAGAUACAAGCAGUGCCAAUUGCUUGUUCGAGUUUUAUUGCUUAGCAUCAACUACUUUAGUUCAUUUUUGUGGAAAAUAUUUAUACUUUUUACGGGAGACAUUUUGUAAGAUUAGAAAUUUGAUGGUA